AUGACCAAGGCGGGAGUUCACCGCGUAUCUGUCAACAGUUUCGGAUUCGGCGGAACCAACGUGCACGCCAUCCUUGACAGCGCGGAGGAGUUUCUCGCCAACGGCCAUGAUGUAGCUAUCGGGGACAAGCAAAUAUCAUCUGUGGGCUCUCGAUUUAGCAUUUCGCAUGGGCUGGACCACGAAGGCAACGGCGACGUCCGGUAUCGCGUCUUUGUUCUCUCUACCUUGGACGAGCCGUCUUUGAAAGCGGCCGCCCAGAACAUGGUGUCUUACAUCAAGCGACGCGCUCCCAAGAUUCCCAACAGCUUCCUAAACGACCUAGCCUAUACACUCAACUUCGAACGGUCGCUGUUCCCCUAUCGGUCUGCCGUGUCCGCGAACAGCAUCGAUGGUCUAAUCAAAGCGAUCGAAAACCCCUCCCGACUUCCCAUGUCCAAGGUGAAUGCAAACGAAAAGCCGCCAAGUGUGGGGUUUGUUUUCACAGGCCAGGGUGCCCAGUGGGCGGUAUGGGCAAAGAAGGAGAUCGAAAGAGAUGGUAAGACCUCUAGCAUUGCCAGAGGCAAAUUCAGCCAACCUCUUUGCACAGCCCUGCAGGUCAGCCUCUUCGAGCUGCUCGGCUCGUGGGGAAUUCGCCCCACGGCAGCCGCCGGUCACUCAAGCGGCGAGAUCGCGUCGGCUUACACAGACGGCAUCAUCAGCCGGGAAGACGCCAUGGCCUCGGCCUAUCACCGUGAGAUCUGUUCCGAGAGAAGUGGCCACCAUGGCCAAGAACGGCAUGGGCAAAAAGGGGUCCAUGAUGCCCACGUCGCUGUCAGUGAGCCAAGACGAGAGCCUGCUGUCCACCCGUCCAACGUGACCAUCUCCGGCGACGACGAGGCCAUCGUCGAAUACAAGGAGAGGCUGGAUCGCGACGCCAUUUUCGCCCGGAUCUUGAUCGUCGAGGCGGCUUAUCACUCCCUGCACAUGGAAGCAGUACGAGAUGAAUACCUGCACUCCACCCAGGACUUAUACCCGAAGCGGGAUUCAGAUCCGGACACGAAUUUGAUUAGCUUCUACUCCUCUGUGACGGGCAAGCGAGCUGAGCCGACACAGCUGGGACCGCAAUAUUGGGUUGAAAAUAUGAUGGGCCGAGUGGAAUUUGCGUCUUCACUCAAGGCUCUCGCCAUCGAAUCAGAGAUCGAUACAUUGUUGGAGGUAGGACCGCAUGCUGCCCUCGCAGGACCCGUCAAGCAGAUUCUACAGGCCAGUGACCGACUGCGAGGCGUCAACAUCACGUACGCCAGUGUGCUGAAGAUCAAGGAGAGCGCGGCCAAGCCGGUCGUAGCCAUGGCCGUCACACUCGCAACGAAGGGAGUCCCCGUCGACCUGCGGGCGGUGCACGGGACGACGACGACAAGCGCAGCAGUAGUGACUGGUUUGCCAUCGUACCCGUGGAAUAAAUCCCGGUCGUACUGGGCAGAGAGCAGGCUUUCGCGCGAGUUCCGAAACUGCCCCUAUCCACGACGGGAUCUCCUGGGCCGCCCGGCGCCUAACUUCAACCCCCUCGACGGCCGGUGGCGCAACUUCGUCCGCACCGUCAAGAUCCCCUGGCUGAGGGACCAUCGGAUUGAGUCCAAGAUUGUGUAUCCGGCAGUCGGGUACAUCGCCAUGGCCAUGGCCAUAGAAGCGGUGAAGCAGCGUGCCCCUCGCGCUCCUUCGGCCUACAGAUUGCGUGAAAUCGUGUUCGGCAAGGCGCUAAUCACUGAGGAAGAGGAGGAAGAGAACGACGACGACGACACCGAGGUCUUUAUGAGCUUGAGGGCCCGCAACGACGGCACACGCAAGCCGUCGUCGACGGUGGCAAAGGCAUACUAA